GAACAGUUCGUUGCGCUUGGUUUGCGACUAUAUCGAGUUCUCGCAAGUUGCCAUCAUGUCUCUUAACGACUUCAACGAGAUCAAAGUGUUCAACGACAACCUGGACAACAUGGAUAUUAUCAGAAACAUCAUCGAUGAAGAGAAUCAAGAAGACGGCUUCUACAUCCUGGACAUCGGCGACGUAAUAAAGAAACAUUGCGAAUGGAUUAAAAAGAUUCCGAAGGUUGUUCCGCACUUCGCGAUCAAAUGCAAUCCCGAUCCAACGGUGAUCAAAAUACUGGCCGCUUUAAAUGCCGGAUUUGACUGCGCGUCUGAGGAAGAAAUCAAGCAAGUAAUGCGAUAUGGUGUGCAUCCCGAUCGGAUCAUAUACGCGAAUCCGUACAAAUCUCCGUCUCACCUCAAGUACGCGAAAAAAGUCGGCGUUAAAAAGAUGACGGCUGACAGCGAGUUUGAGCUCUUUAAGAUCAGAGAUCUGUGUCCCGAGGCCAAAGUGGUGAUCCGCUUACGAUGCGACGCGAAAAAAUCGGGAGUUGAUCUCGGAGUGAAAUUCGGUUGCGAAUCGGACAAGGAGGCUGUGCACUUAAUACGGAUCACGAUGGAUCUCGGACUGACAUUGCACGGCUUCAGUUUUCACGUCGGUAGUCCGUGCGAUGAGCUGAACGCCUACAGCAGAGGCAUCGCGAUGUGCAAAAAGUUGAUCGCGAUCGCCCGAACGAUGGGCUGCAAAGACGUGCAAUUGAUCGAUAUCGGUGGUGGAUUUCCCGGCAACAAAGGAACCGAUAUCGAUAAGCUCGCCAAUCUCAUUAACGAUGCACUUAAAGAUCUUGAUCCUGGCAUACAAGUUAUCAGCGAACCUGGAACGUAUUACGUUGCCUCGGCGUUCACCCUGGCUGCUUAUUUACAUUCUAAAAGAAUAGCAUGUAAGAAAAAUGCAAUUAUAAGAAUGUAUUAUGUAAACGUUGGUACGUAUAAUUCGUUCGUAGAAGAACUGCUGGGUUUGAAAGCCAGAGUACCGCAAAUUCUUGACGAGACCCCGAGAAGCAACGAGAAGUUUCUUUCAUCUAUCUGGGGACCGACUUGCGACUCGUACGAUGCGAUUGUUCAAGACGCGCAGUUACCAGAACUUCACAUUGGCGACUGGCUCGUUUGGGAAAACAUGGGUGCUUACACUUUGUCAAUAUGCACCACGUUCAAUGGUUUUCCAAUUCCAGCGGUUGUGCCGAUUAUAAGGAAGAGUCAAUGGGAAAAUUUACUGACACUGAUCAAAUCGUUUCAAAAAAAUACAGGAUUUAUAGAAUGGUCCAAAUCAAUGAAACGGGAAGAUUACAUUGAAAGUCGCUGACAUUGAAUCAAUAAUAUACUCUUUUAAUUUGUAGUUUUUGUUUUUCUGUUUUAAUCUUCUCAUUAUAUAUCUCUUUUACUGUGUGUGAAAAAGAA